UACACCAACGAGCACGAUUCGAGUGCCUAGCCAUUGUCUGGAGUGUCUGUGUGUGCGUGAGUGUGUAUAUGUGUGUGAAGGACAACAAAUGUGCUUGGACGAGGCAGUUCGUCAGCAACGGCGAAGUCCAACCCAGCACGAAUGCAGGUCUACCGCCUCCCUCCAGCAUCAUGGCCAUAGCUGCGGAACAUCGCCCUCUGGAGGGAAGGACGAUCUUUUCGCUCCCUGUGGCGGGUUUGCGCGUGAGCCCGCGGUGGCGCCCGGGGGCGGCGGCGGGGCCUGGACGAUGAACCAGCUGUGCCGCGUGUGCGGGGAGCCCGCCGCAGGCUUCCACUUCGGCGCCUUCACCUGCGAGGGCUGCAAGUCGUUCUUUGGCCGAACGUACAGCAACCUCAACUCCAUCUCGGAGUGCAAGAACAACGGCGAGUGCGUGAUCAACAAGAAGAACCGCACCUCGUGCAAGGCCUUCUCUCUGCGCAAGUUGCCUGCUGGUGGCUAUGUCCAGAGCGGCUCUCGGCUACGGACGCCGCUCAACUGGUUUCAAGAUCCACUGCUGCUGCCAGGAGAAGCAACAGAGCUGCAGCAGCAGCAGCGCAGCAGCAGGCGGCGGUGGCGCCGCGUCGGCCGCCCGCGCGUGUCGCCCGUCGGCCCGCCGCCCCCGCGGGGCCGCGCCGCCCCGCGCCGCCUCCGGCUGCGCGGCGUCGCGCCUCGUCCGGGCUGCCUCGUCGGAGGGCGCGUCCCGCCCCGUCCCCGCCGCGCCCCCGGCCCCGCCGCCGCCGGGCCCCCGCGCCCGCGCCCGCAGCGCCCACCGGCGGCGCGGUGGCGGCGGCGCGCCGCACGGCCGCUGGUCGUGGAGACGCUGCGCUCGCUGGGGCCGGUGCAGGAGCGGCCGCUGGACCUGUCGCUGAAGGGCGCCACCAGCGGCUUCUCCUCCCGGAGGGCCGCCUCGCUCGCCGGCGGCACGAGCGACAGCGACAGCGGCGCCGACGACGACGAGGAGGACCUGGGGAGCAGGCACUUGGACGACGAGGAGGACGACGAGGUGUUCUCGGAGGAGCCCGCGCGCGGCGAGGACGGCGGGGACCACGCGCGCCUGCAGGCGGCGCCCGAGGCGGCCGUGAAUUUUAGUGCGCGAUUUAUUAUUAUUAUUAUUAUUAUUAUUAUUAUUAUUAUUAUUAUUAUUAUUAUUAUUGUUGUUGUUGUUUCCGAUGUUUUG